AUGAAUUCAUUAAAUUCCAUUGAAUCAAGAUCACGUUCAGAAGAUUUACAAUUAGCUGAUAUACAUAUUUAUGUGAUACCACCAAAUUUAUGGAUUAAUGAUUUAAAUACAGCAUUUUCUCAAGUGAUUAAAAAUACAGUUUCAGCUGGAAUAAUUCGUUCAAAAAUUGAUAUAACUUUAGCUGAAUUUCGUGAAAUUUUAGAAAAAAAAUUAGAAGAACAAAUUUUACCAAAUGAUUAUAUAUUUUGUAAACAAGUUGGACAUUCACUUGGUCGUAUUCAAUCAAGUCAAGAACCAUUGUUUAAAGUCAGUGAGUUUCUUCCUCCCCAAUCUGAACUAUCUGAGAUCUAUGUGAUAGAUCGUCAGGCUAUUGACGAUAGUCAGAUACAUCAAAAAGAAGUUAAUCAACUUGCUGCAGCACAACAUCAUCAGGUUAAUUUAAUGCCACUUCCUACGGUAGGACAAACGAGAUCAGCAUCACCAACAAUUAAACCUAAUGAUUCAAAGAAAAAUUUAUCUGACCAUAAUGAAAAUGUUCAGUCACCAAGUCUUCCUACUCCACAAGGGCGAAAUACACCAGUUAAUUAUGAGUUACCUCCUGUGACAAACACACACCAAGAGCCUCGACAACAACAGUUGCAGCAAAAUAUCAGCAGACCAAGUUCACAUUAUGAACAAAGACCAUCUAUUAAUUUACCAGUAAUAUAUCCAGUAUCAAAUCAAUCUGUAAACAGUUCAUAUGAAUUAACUUCAUUGCAAACUGAGUUUAUGCCAAAAUCGUUAACACCUAUUAUUCAUACUGGUGAUUCUGGUUUAGAUACUAUUUCAGCAGCAAUCGGUCAUCAAAAAGAUGUUUUACAACGUUUAGAAUAUGAACAACAAAAACGUAUAUUACAAAUGCAAGCAGAAGCUGAAGAGCGUCGUCGUCGUGAAGCUGAACUAUAUGCAAAAGAAUUAGCUAAAAAUGCUAAUCAUGCUAAGCGAAUGGAAGAGCUAGAGAAAGAAUUAAGAAGAUGGGCUGAUGAGGCGAAACAGACAAGAGAACGUUUAGAUCAAUUAAAAUCAGCAUGGGAUACAGCAUUAAAAUCAAAAGAGGAAGAGAUCACUACUUUAAAACAAGGUUUAGAACUCAUGAAAAAGAGCAGAGAUGACAUAGAUGGUAAACCCACAGCAAAAGAAAUUGCUGCACAAACAGAAAUACGCCAACUUCAAAUUCAGUUAACCGAAAUGAAGGAAAACUAUAGUCGUGUUAGGAGAGAAUUAGAAGAAAGACGUAAAGCUGCAGACGCCAGAAUGGACGCUGUAGGAGAUGAAAUAAAGGAUUUAAGGCGAAAAAUGUCAGAUGUACAUGCUACAUUAAAAGAACCUAGACCUGUGAAAGUUACAGUUAGUUCCCACCCUAAAUCUGUCUGUGACGUAGGAACAGAAGCGGUAGAUGAAGUCAAAAAGUCACCACCACCACCACCUAAAAUUAGGAUUAGAAAACGUCAAGUUCAAAUGGAUUCUGAUGAUGAUGUAGAACGUCUACAGCGUUUAAGACGUCUUCGAAUGGCUGCAGAAAAACGAAGAAUAGAAUUGGUUAAACGAUUGCACUAUUUAUAUGUGAGCUUAGGAACUCGAAGAACACAAGCUCGAGAUGAAUGGAAACGUCGUUAUUAUUCAGCUAAAAAACAAGCACCAAAUCUUGAAUCAAGAAUGAAUGGACAUAGAGGUGAUUUAGAAUCAUUGAUCAGAAGGAUUAUUUCUACUUUAAAACACUGUGGAACAGAGUCUGCAGAGAUCCAACAUCUCGCAGAGCAGAUGGAGAAACGUCGAGUGGUGACAAGAGAGGAAUACAAACUAGCUGAAAUUAUGCUCAGUUUAACCAAGGCGAUUCGACUUCGAUCACAGGCUGAAACAGAAGGUAGACUUCUUAACGCUGAAUUGGACCGGAGAAGAGGUGAACUUAGUUUAGUUAAGUCUACAUCACCAAGCCGAAGAGCAUAUGCGUGCUCGUUAUCACCCAGACGGAGAAUAAUACGUGAAUCACGAGAUGUUACCAGCCUUAAGUCUAAUGGACGACGUACUGUAACGUCACAUGAACGGCAACGCAAACAUGUUAAUUAUAAGAGUUUAUCUCCGAAUCGAUUGUCCAAUGAUCAAACAUCACAAGAAUCAAGUAGCCAGGAUGAUAUGAAGGUUUCAUAUAGAACGAGAACACAGAGUCCAAAAGAACGAAUUCAAGUUCACAGAUCAGAUGUCCGGAUCAGAACUCCAGAUUUUGACGUAUCUGUGCACUCUGGCGAUGAAUCGACUUAA